AAGACACCUACGAAACCCAAACCCAAAGUUCAUCUCAGCAACCAGCUUGGGCAGCAGUCAAAAAAUUUCCUUCAUUCAACUGUUCAACAUGGAAGCGGUAGCAUCAUCGUCCAGUCAAGUUCCGAUCCUGCGAUCCGACGAGGAAGAAGAUUUAAUUCGUCAAAUCUCCGGACUCGGCCUCAAAAUCAAACAGAUCAAGAAUAUCGCGUCCAUGCCGCCGAAUGUGCGGAUCAAGAUCGAAACGUUGAAAAAGAUCCAGCUGGAUCUACUGGACAAGGAAGCCGAAUUCCACCAGAAGGUCCACUCGCUCGAGGUGGAAUAUCAGAAAAACUACGACGAAAUGAACGAGAAGCGCCGCCAGAUUGUGAAUGGAAUCUACAUUCCCAAGCUGGAGGGCGUUCCGGAGUCGACCGAUGACGCUGCUGAUCAGGCGCAGGGAAUCCCGGAAUUUUGGUUGACCGUCUUCAAGAUGACACCGGUUUUGCAUGCAAUGAUUAGGGAGUCAGACGAGGAGGCCCUCAAGCGGCUGGUGGACGUUCGGACCCAGGUUAAAAGCGAACCGCAACCGCAAUUUGUCCUGCAGUUCGAGUUUGAACCCAAUGACUUCUUCGAGGAUCGUAUCCUGGAAAAGAAAUAUAUGAUGAAGUGCAGUCCCAACCCUGAGAAGCCAUUUUCCUUCAACGGGUUCGAGAUUUACGACACCGUUGGUCAUGACAUUCACUGGAAGGAGGGAGCCAACCUGACGAAGCUAGCGAUGACGGACGAUAAUGGCCAAAAGCACGAGGUGUUGACCACUAGCUUCUUCAACUUCUUCAAUCCGAAGCCCCUGUUUGAAGCGGAUUCUAUUUUGAACGUGCAAUUCCUGGAAACGGACUUUGAGAUUGGUUACUACAUCAAAGAACGCGUCAUCCCACGGGCAAUUCUCUUCUUCAUCGGCCAAAUCGACGACGAAUUCGAUGACGUUUCCGACUCGGCGGACGAGGAAAGCAUCCGAGGUGUUUACAAUUUGGAGGAAGCACCGGAAGGAGCAGCGGCAAAGCGUGCCAUUAUCGAGGAAGAACCCCAAGACGAAGAUCAAUGAUCUAGCUACUUGUGUUAUGUCGAUUGUUUGUU